GGACUGGAAAGGUCAAUUAUGUAAUUGGAAAGUUAAGCAGAUUAUAUAAUGGGCCCACCAAACAUUUGCUCCCUAAUGGCGUAGUAUUCCAGGGAAGAAAGCGAGAAGAUAGAGAAAGAGGGAUGAAUUGGAAUUGAUGUAGAUUUGAGAGAGAGAGAGAGAGAGAGAGAUAGAGAGAGAAGAGAAAAUGGAUCCGGACGCAGUAGCAAAAGCGUUUGUGGAGCACUACUACUCGACGUUCGAUGCGAAUCGUGCGGGCCUGGCUAACUUGUACCAAGAUGGGUCCAUGUUGACUUUCGAGGGUCAGAAGAUCCAGGGCUCUCAGAACAUCGUUUCCAAGCUCAACAGUCUUCCCUUCCAGCAGUGCCAGCACAGCAUUACCACCGUCGAUUGCCAGCCUUCCGGUCCGGCCGGAGGUAUGCUUGUCUUCGUCAGCGGCAAUCUGCAGCUCGCCGGCGAACAACAUGCCCUCAAAUUUAGUCAGAUGUUUCAUUUGAUGCCAAUGCCACAAGGAAGUUUCUAUGUGCUGAAUGAUAUCUUCCGUUUGAAUUAUGCUUGAAGUCAAAUGGGAUGUUAGACAAAGUUUGCUAAAAUAUAGCUUUUAGGAGUUGAAAGAUAUUAUUUGAAUUUCUCCUGAUUGGUUGUUUGCUUGUAUCAUUUUCCCUAUCAUGUCCCGAAUCUGGGACUGGGACUGGGACUGGGACUGGGACUGGGACUGGGACUGUUGUUGUUGUGAUUGGAUGAAUUGAUCAAUAGGAUUCAAUGCCUAUUCUGGAUUGUUGGGUUGUACCUUAGCAUGUUGAAAAAUGUAUGUAAGAUUUAUAUGUAAAAAAAUUCAGUUAUAGAGAGCUAUUUUAGUUAAACUAAAUGAUCAUGUAAGAACAACUUUUUCUUUGUUAAAAA